AUGCGUUAUCGACUGCGCAAUGUGCGGGAAUCUGAGGAUACAAGAACAAAGCGGCUAUUCGAGGUGGAUGAUGCACUGAGCACGCAGGAGCAGGAGCAGGUACUGGAGUACCUUGCCAGUACGCUGCGUUCAGGUGUCAUGUUCAUGCGUGUUAUCGCGGUCCUGCAGCUUUUUCUGGCUGUUUUGUAUCUCAGCAUGCUUCUGGCUGGGUACCCGCUCGUGUAUGCCACCUUUAACGACGCCAAGCCACAGUCGUUCUUGGGCCCCACAUCUUCGCUGACGAUUGGGGGCGCUGUUGCCAUUGCGUUCUCGGUGCUGCUCUUGGCGGUGGGUGGACUCUGUGAUAUGCGGGUGUGUCGCCGUACACUUUAUGUUGAUCGAACCGUCCUCAUCUCCACAUCUAGCGGAGCGGUCUCGUCGUCUGGUGGAGGAAAUACUCCUUCUGGCCCUGUUGAUGCUGUUUCCACGGCAACAACGAGUCUAUUGGAGGGGGCUUUACCGCGGCAUCAGUACGUACUGGGUUUUCUCGCUCUGUUUCCCACCGUAUAUUGGCUUUAUGUGAUGCAUGCGUAUUAUACCAACCUCGCGCGGCAGGGACCGCUACUCUUUGGCGUUGCGGACAACUGGAUGGAGUUGCUGCUUGUGCUUUGGCAACCAGCGAUGCACAUAGCUGUUGGAAAGAUGCUGGCGUCACUAAUCAACGGAAAGAAUGAAUUGCUGCGGCUCGCGCGGCUAAAGUACCGGUACGAUAAACUCUAA